AUGGAUUACUACAGAAAAUAUGCAGCUGUCCUGCUGGCCACAUUGUCUGUGUUUCUGCAUAUUCUUCAUUCCUUUCCUGAUGGAGAGUUUAUGAUGCAAGGUUGCCCAGAAUGCAAGCUAAAGGAAAACAAAUACUUCUCCAAGCUGGGUGCACCCGUUUAUCAGUGUGUGGGCUGCUGCUUCUCCAGGGCAUAUCCCACUCCAGCAAGGUCCAAGAAGACAAUGUUGGUUCCAAAAAACAUCACCUCAGAGGCCACAUGCUGUGUGGCCAAAGCAUUCACCAAGGCCAUGGUCAUGGGAAAUGCCAGGGUGGAGAACCACACGCAGUGCCAUUGCAGUACUUGUUAUUAUCACAAGUCUUAAAUGUUUUGCAAAGUGCUGCGUUGAUGAUGCCUGCCGAUUUCCUGGAAUGGAAAAUUAAGUUGUUCAGUGUUUACUGUCUUGUGAGAUAAAACCCUCCUUUUCCUCCCCAUACCAUUUUGACAUGCUUCAAGGAUAGACUGCAGAUUUACUUCCUUGCUUCUUAUCCUGUAGUAGCAUCAGCAGUCUAUUUCUUUUCACUUGGAAUGAAAUAUGGCAUUUAGCUUGUUCCACUGCAAAUAAAGUCAUUGAAAUCAUCA